AUGGAUCCGAAGUGGUGGAAUAAUAGUGAUAAAAAGAAACAUGUGGGAGGCACAAGCAGUGAAGACGAAUUGCGCGAAGAUGGAUCUUACCCAAGGAUGACAGCAAUCACAGUGGGGUAUAAUAGUCAUAUCAUGUCACUUCGUGUCCUCUAUGAUAAUAAAGACGGACAAAAUUAUGGCCAUCCUGACUCCACUGUCCCCAAGAAAGAUACGUUGAAGCUAGGAAAAAAAGAAUACCUUAUCGGUGUGUCCGGACACUAUUCUCAACCGGGAUCAGCGAAUGGAGGUCCCCCACGACGCAUUCGGUCGUUGACACUCACGAGGAACAAUAACAAAAAUAAAUCAUACGGAGUCCAAGAAGGUGAAGCAUUUGAUUUAACAUGUGCAAACGUACAAAUUGUGGGCUUUCAUGUACGAGGUAGUCCGGAUUUGGAAUCAAUCGGAGUCAUUUAUCAUCGAGAUCUUAUUAACAUUCUGAAAGGAAAAACCAAUGUUCAAGCUUCUAGACCAAGAGGGCCUGAUUCAGCCUUGGGAAAAUAUGGGAGUGAUUUGACAGAGCAGGCUAAAGCCAGAAAACUUGACCCAGUUAUAGGAAGAUCUAACGAAAUUGACAGUUGCAUCGAAAUUCUAUGCAAGAGAUCAUCCAACAAUCCUCUACUAAUUGGUGAGGCUGGUGUCGGCAAGACAGUAAUUUCUCACGGCUGAUAUCCCUUGACGUGAAUGCUCUUAUCGAUGGGAGGCUUGAAAAUCUG